AUGGGCGUUGCCUGCGAAGUGUACACCAAACUGCUCUUCCAGCGCGGCCAUGGGCAUCCUCUCUGGGAACCAGAGCCGACAGCAUCAGGAGAGGUGCUCAUCGGCGACGUCGGCUACAUCCUUGACGGCGGUUUCUACCGUCUCUUCAACGCGACCCUUGCAGCUGACGACGCGGUGAACCAAAGAUACGGAGUGCCCGAUGGCUACGUGCCGUUCAAAAUUCCUUCGACAUUGAAGCACGCCCGAGCCAAUGCUCUGCAAGCUGGACCGAUCUGCAGCAAGAGCGUCACCGCAGUGACCGCAGAUGCAUCGCUUCAAGCAGGGGUUGGGAACGCAGGGGGCCUGGCCAGUCUCCGUUUCAAGUUUGCAGAAGAGCAAGGAGCCAUCCUCGUCCUGAAGAACGACGCGCACCGAGAGGCCCUGCACCCUUGCCGGGAUCUCACGCAGUACAUCCUCCUCAAUCACGCCGGAUGGCACCAGUUCUCUCGGAACGUCUGCAGACUCGACCUCAAAUCCCAAGACAUCGUCUUCGUCUGCGGCUGUGUCAAGACAGCCGAAUGGGCGCUUGCUGCCGCGACUCACCGUGCGCGGGAUGGGGAGAUCUCCUUUGGUGGACAAUUUGCCCCGGUCUCCCAAGCGACCUUUUCUCUCUCGACCACGCAGGACGUCUCCACGUCCUGGGAGCAUCGGAGUGGCCCCAAAGGCGCAUCAAGGGUGGGCUCAGACGAAUCAGCAAGCGAUCAGUGCAUCUUUCUCCACUAUUACAAGGUCAAGCAUCGCCCCUUCCUCGUACCGAAGGUCAUUCGCGCGGGCACAGAGGAACCGCAUUUGAGUCGUUCUCCUACCCCGGAGGGGCCCGAUCAGAUGGUGCACAUUCCCGAAGAGGAUGCCUCCACAACGGAGGUCGAAAUGGUCCCGAGUUGGUCUCAUCAGGCAAGAGGCUUUUGUCUGCUUAGUCGUGCAUUUUUUGACCGAUAA